ACUUCAAACUUUACCGGCAAGCAUCACGGCAGUCACCAUCUGAUACUUUGUCUCUGGUCAUCACUGUUGUACUGCACCACCUGGUUCGCCUGCCGCUGGUUAAUUUUGGAGCAGUUUGAUUGUGUUAUUCAUGAUCAUAGGACAACUUGAAGGCUAACUGAGUGUCCCUACGCCGCGACUCGGAAGACACGCCAGCAGUCAUGUUCAGAGAGAGACACGUUCUUGCCGAUCUUUCGACUGGUCAAAGAGACCCUGAUGACUGGGAGAUUGGCAGGCUACGAACUGCUGACUAUCUGUUGGACACAAGAGUGCUGACUUAUGAAUCUACAUUGAGCCUUUUGGCUGUUGGCACGGCAGGUGGCCUGAUUUAUGUGGUGGGCGGUCCUGGCGUAGAGAGUUCAGUGCAGACGCCAGAAGGUUCUCCCGUCAAGAUCUUGCAGCUUGCCGCCUCCACGGACAGACUUCUCUCCGUCGAUGAGCGCGAUCGACUCCAUAUCUGGAACUUAAAAGAUUUGACCGAACCACCGAAGUCAACGAGAUUUGACCAUGCUAUCAAUGCUGUUAUGUUGUCACCUUCACAUACCCAUGUUUUUCUUGCCCUGCAAUCGGGAGAGAUCAGAACAUAUGAUCUUCUGUGUUUGAAGAAGUCACCCUAUGUUAUCCCGAACUUGUGGAAUAUGUUUCAGACUAAGAUCGCGAGCAGUGUGGUAGAUCCCUUGCAUGCAUUGCCUGGUUGCAACAUACCUGUCGAUUUAGUCGCACAUCCGCGAGACCUCAACUUGAUAUUUGUAGCCUUCGGUGGGGGGGUUGUACUGUACGACCUGUCUUCACGCAACAUUCUACGGGCGUACGAACUUGUAAUCCCUGCUGGUGCACCAGGAGGGGGAGGAUAUCACCAAUCCAAAGUGCUCACACACCGGCGGCCUUUCGUUACUUCUGUAGCUAUUCACCCAGCUGGGCAUUUCUUUGCAGUGGGUUAUGCAGAUGGUUGUGUCGCCUUUUGGGCGGUAGAAGACGAAGAUCAGCCUCUGAUGGUGCGAACAUCCACAGAAUUGGAUGUUAAUGUCAUAAAUGGAGAGGAGCUUGAAAAGUUUCUGCAAAAUGGGGGUCCUUCAGAAGAAAAGGGGACUAAUUUGCCAGAACGUCAGCCGAUCUAUAGGGUCGCUUGGUGUGGUUUCCCGAACUCCUCAGAUCCCCGAGGAGGAGCGACUGCUCUCGUCUUUCUGGGAGGCGACAGAAUUGACGACCCUUGCCGUUUAACUGUAUACACAAUGCCCGCUCUCAAUUCUCCGGAACCUCCUGCUCCAUCUGGUUCCAAAACUGGGCUCCAUGCUUCUAUCCGAAAUGCAAUGCGACUUUCGGUAAUUCCGUUAGAAACAACCUAUUAUCCAUCAUCAGGGCCUGUUUAUGACUUCGUCGUCUUUCCAAAGGCUAAUCCACAUUUUUCUGGCUGCUGGGAUCCUGUUGCCCUGCUUUUUCUCACUGCAGCCUCCCCUGAUUCACGGAUGGUUGAGGCCCGACAGUUCCUGCCUCCGAAAAUGAUGUUUCCGCUGCCGGAAACAGACACCCAGAAUAACAGCGAACACGGCGAUGUUAUACAUGACCUUCCCACGACGCUUGAGGAUAUGACACUUAGCGGAGUAGAGCCUCCACCAAUGCACGUUCCUUCAAAAUUGUACAGUGGGCUUGGCGGGGUAUCUUAUGCACAGCUCUUGACUCUGCAACGAGGUGUGCAUGAUGUACUUGUGGGACAACAGCCCGUGCUUGGUGAUGGGGAUUUACCUGUCGUCGGGGGGUCUGCAUGGAUAGACGAUAAAAGACUCAGUGAGCUAAGGCUCUCCAGGAGCCAUCCGCGCCGAAUCCUUAUCACCUGUCAUCGCGACUCAACUGUCCGAUUCUACGAUGCCAGUCCUCAGCUUCUCAUUAGCUCCAGCACAGCACCUCUUCAGAAGCAUUACCCUUUCGCGAUUCAUGAUCUCACUAUAGAUCUCAGUUGUCUACCACUUUCCAGUGCCCCAGAAGUCGCCACUGUUCAAGUAGCCCCCGAAUCCUUGGAGUGUAUCGUGCUACUGAAAUCAGGCGACCUUUUGGUAUAUCGAUUGAACGCAACGCAAGUCGACCCUCCUAUCGAAAUAGAAGGAAAUACAGAGUUUGUCCUGCUGCGUAAUGUCGCUUUACGACCAGGGACGAGGUACCGUCCCUUCUUGAUGCUGCCUCGUGGUAAUGUUUCUUUGACAUGUUGUGCAUUAUCGGACAUAGGUUUCAUUGGUGUUGGUUAUAUCGAUGGCUCUGUCGCAGUGAUCGAUCUGCGUGGACCAUCUCUCCUCAGACCCCAGCGUCAGAAAAGGCAGUCUAAGCUUCUGGUCCGCAAUCAAGAUGCAGACCCUGUUGUCUCCCUGACGUGGACCGUUUCUGCUGUCAGCAUGGAUGCACAGCUAGCUGUGCGGCUGAUCGCCAUACAUGAGUCUGGCAACACGCAGGUCUUCAAGAUCAUCCGGGAUCCCGAGUCUUCGAUGUAUGAUUUUGCACAUGAUGUCACCAGGGUCGAGGGCCUCCCAAAUGUCAUGCAAGGUGGUUCAUUCGUGAUCGAUUCGCAGAAAGGUACUACUUGGCAUGCCGAUCGAUCACGUUUUGCUGCUGCUCUCCAAACUGGAGACAGCAAUCCUGCACGUUGCUUCUGGGUGACCGCAAGUGCCAAGGGUGCUCGUUGUAUGCUUGGUAUCUCAGGGGAGAGGAUUUCCAAAGUAGAGUGGAAUAGCAAGAAAAACAAAGUUGGACACGUUCAAGUGAUUGAGAAGAACAAUUCUCACGUGCUCGUAGCAUUUAAUGACAAACCAGAAGCUAUGGUUUAUUCUUUACCUUAUCUUGAACACUUGCAUACAUUCUCUCUCGCAAAAAUAUGUGAAAAUGUCGUGUCUGUGGACGAAACGGGAGAUUUCAUUGCCUUGAUGCGCCACGAUUCAGGCGUACUUGAACAAAUUGUAUUUGGUACACUUUUCAAGACUCGUCGUGUUUAUGAUCACCCAAUCGUUGAUCUGACAAGCUUUCGCCACGAAAUUCCCCCUUACCCACAGCCAGUGUCCGUUGGCCCCCCUUCGUUACUGGGCUCAUGGUUCCGGUAUGGGAAACCCAUUAUGACUGGAGAACAGCUCGACGCGCUACUUGCGGGUCCCGACAGACCUAUACCGCCGCCGGAUCAUAUGCAAACAUCACAAGACACGGCCGCCACUUAUGAACCCGGUGUCAUGAAGACGAUGGAGAACGCUCGCGAUGGCGUCUACAACCGUCUAAACGAUGCUCUUGCUGAAAGGGGGGAGAUGCUGGGAAACAUUGAGCAACGGAUUGAUUCCCUACAACAAGGGAGCAAAGAUAUGGUGACGCAGGCUAAGAGACUUGCAACUGAGCAAACCGCUAGACGUUGGUUCGGCUUCUGAGUUGACCAACAAGAUACACGUCAGCCAACGACACCCGAAAUUCGA